UGGACCUGGGCGCCCUUCUGGACGCAGGGGACGGCGCAGUCGUCACACUGGUGGCGCGCGGCACCCGUCUCGUGGUGCACAGGGCCGUGUUGGCCGAACGGAGUCCCGUGUUUGGCGGCAUGUUUCGCCAUGACACACUGGAAGCCAACACCGGUGAGGUCGCAGUCCCGGACGCGGAGGGCCCGGUGCUGCGCCAGCUGGUCGCCUACCUCUACACCCUCCAGGCCCCUCAGCUGUCCAGCCUGGCCCCCCAGCUGCUGGCAGCCGCUGAUAAAUACGGCGUGUCGGCCCUGAAGGCUCGGUGCGAGCAGCUCGUGGCCGCUCAGCUGUCCGUCGAGACUGCGGCGGCCACAGCUGUUCUGGCGAUCAGGCACUCCUGCACCAGCCUCAGGCAGGCCGCCGUUAACUUCAUCAAGGCCAACGCCUUCCAGGUUAUGACCACACAGGGCUGGGCAGACGCAGUGCGCACUCAACCUGAAGAUGUGGUCACACUGGGUCAGCUGCUGGCGGAUCUUCCAGCAGAAGCCAGGAGCCUUCCUGAAAAGGAGAAGAACAGCAGGCUGAUUCAGGCAGCGAAGGAGGAUGCAGUCACCGAGCUGCAGACUCUGCUGGCGGCUGGUGCGGACGUGGGGGCGACGGAUGAGGACGAGAGCGGGUGGACCACUCUCCACUGGGCAGCAAACAAGGGACACGAGAACGCAACGAGGUGCCUGCUGGAAGGUGGAGCAGAGGUGGACGCCAGGACCAGCGGCUGGCAGGAGACGCCCCUGUACAGGGCUGCAUACAAUGGCCACGAGGCUGUGGCGCGGCUGCUGCUGGAGGCAGGGGCGGAGGCUGAUGCCAGGAACAAAACGAAGAGCACGCCAUUGCUUGUGGCUGCAGAGAAAGGACAUGUGGCUGUGGUGAGGCUGCUGCUGGCGGCCACUCCUUACCAUAGCGCCAGGAAUCAGUGGGGGCGAACGCCGCUGCACUAUGCGGCUCUGAACGGCCACGCAGAGGCGGCAUCUGUACUGCUCGAGGCAGGGGCGGACCGGACCACCAGGGAUAACCAGGGAAAAACCCCACUGGACUUCGCCAGGGAGAACAACAACCAGCAGAUGAUAGACAUGCUAAGGUGA